ACGGUCGCGGACGUAGUUCAGAUCCCUCCAAAAGACUUCUCCAAGCCUAGUUUUCGCGCAAUCGAGGACUUCAUCAACACCAAAUAUGCCGACAAGGUGAUCCAUAAAGUUGGCCUGUGUCUCGGAUUUCACUCCCUGGUCUCAACAUCCGAAGGACUGAUCGGGCACGGGACUGGAAUUGUCAAUGUCAACGUAGACUUCCGUCUCAUCGUCUUCCGACCCUUCAAAGGCGAGAUCAUCCGAGCAACAAUCACGCAGUCAAAUCCGACCGGAAUCUACCUCUCCGUGGACUUUUACGAAGACCUCGUCGUGCCACCGGAAACUCUGUUCGACAACACAUCCUGGGAUAAAGAUGAAAGCGGAACUUGGGCAUUCGUGUGGCGCGCACCGAAUGAGGAAGGAGAGUUCAAUGAAUUCUUCUUCGACAAUGCGGAGAGCUGUCUGAUGCGCAUCGAGGAGGAGCAGUGGCAUGACAUCUCGCCUGAUGCGCUGAGAUCGCAGGCGUAUGAAACUCAGGAGGAAGAAGACCAGGCACGGAGGAUGCCGCCUUACCUCAUCAGAGGCUCAAUGAUGAACUCAGGGCUUGGACCGGAAUUGUGGUGGAAUGGUGAAGGUGUCGAGGAGGCAGAUGCCACAGCAGGCGCUGAGGACGAGACUAUGGGUGGCACUUGA